AUUCCCAAUUAGUCCCCAAUACAACAGACUCCGGUUUUGUUUCUCCUGGUGGCAUCCUCUCUUUCUAGGGUUUAUAGCUAAAAACUUUAAUUUUUUUCUGCAUCAAUUAGUGCAUUUAUGACUAUCAGAAUCUCAGAGGGAAUUUUCCUCCAUUCGUAAAGUCUUCAUCUUUAUUAAACCAGUGGCUUUUCUGUCCUCUUACUGCGUACUGUAAUGGCUUCUCUCUUCAAGGACCCAUCCAAGCUUUCUGCAUAUCGGGAUAGAAAGUUUCCUGGAUCGCAGGAGGAAUUUGAGUAUGCCCUUGCGACCUCGACAACUGUUUAUAUAGGGAACAUGUCUUUCUAUACUACCGAAGAACAAGUUUAUGAACUUUUCUCUCGAGCUGGAGAAAUUAAGAAGAUUAUUAUGGGAUUAGAUAAGAACACGAAAACUCCUUGUGGGUUUUGUUUUGUCUUGUUCUACUCUAGAGAAGAUACUGAAGAUGCAGUAAAAUAUAUCAGUGGAACAAUUCUUGAUGAUCGUCCAAUUCGUGUGGAUUUUGAUUGGGGAUUCCAGGAAGGAAGGCAAUGGGGCCGUGGUCGAAGUGGUGGACAGGUUAGAGAUGAAUAUCGUACAGAUUAUGAUCCUGGCAGAGGUGGUUAUGGAAAAUUGGUUCAGCGAGAAUUGGAACAAAGGCAGCUUGUGGAUUAUGGCGCUGGUUCAUUGGGCACUUUCCCUCCAGUGAUGGCACCUCAUUAUGGCAGGCAUGGUGGAAACCAUGGUCAUGGUGGUUAUAACCGGCAUGGCAGAGAUCUUCACCGGAAGCGGCACCGAGACGAUGACCGUCGUCCACACGAGUCUUCAAGGAGAGCUUCAGAUCAUGAAUCAAGGAGAAACUCUGAUCCUGAUUCCCGACCAGAGAAGAAUCCACGUUUUCGUGAAAGUGGCGACUCUGAUGAUGAAGAAGAAGAUGAUCGAAAACGAAGAUCUUAGCAGAUUCCCAUUCAAUAUUUUGAAUUAGGAAGUUGUUUAAUAGAAUUCUUGUACUAAGCCUAAUUAUGGUGAAGAUAUUUCACAUCUGGGUUUGGACUUGGAUGAUGUUGUAUGAAGUGUAGAUUUCCAAAAUCAUGAUACACCCAGUUAACAUUCAUAGUUGUUUCUGCA